CACAACUUGCAACGAUCAAAAUAAGGUUUACAGCAUAUCCCGGAGGAUCUUGCUGCAUUUCUACUGCAAGGACAGCCAGUUCCCCAUUGUCAACCUAAAUCCAAAGGAGCCAUGACUCGGUCAAAGAAACGACAGCGAGGAGGCCGAGCGGGAAAAUCGCGUGACGACGACGAUCGCGGUAUGCUAGAAAAGAGCGACAUGAAAAAUGAGCGCUUCAGCUCGUAUUACAAGGCUCAGGACAUCAUCCCUGAGGAGGAAUGGGAUCAGUUCAUGGAGGCAUUGAGACGUCCCUUACCUACCACCUUCCGCAUCGCCGGAAGUCGAGAGAUUGCUCAUGCUCUCAAUGAUGCUAUCAAGAAAACUUAUGUCCCGUUGUUGAGCGAUGUUGUUUUUGAGGGUGAUGUUGUACCGCCUCCAUCUCGGAUUCCUUGGUAUCCAGAAGACCUAGCCUGGCAAUUCAAUGUGUCCAAGAAAGUCCUGAGGAAGCAACAAGCGUUCAAAAAAUUUCACUCUUUCCUUGUACACGAGACCGAAGUCGGCAAUAUAUCAAGACAAGAGGCAGUCAGCAUGCUUCCACCGUUGUUCCUCGAUGUCCAGCCGCACCAUAAGGUCAUUGACAUGUGUGCGGCCCCUGGUUCAAAGACAGCGCAACUAUUGGAAGCUCUGCAUGCGCAAGACACUGCAACAGCAACUUCUAUUCCUCCGGGACUUUUGAUAGCGAACGACAGCGACAGCAAGCGGGCGCAUCUUCUCAUUCACCAAUCUGCUCGUCUUCCCAGUCCGGCUUUCAUGGUCACGAAUUUGGACGCGUCAAUCUUCCCUGUCCUAAGACUUCCCGUGACAACUGCGGAUCCUCGCUGUGGCGUCAAAAAGUCCUCGAAUCAACUCCUGUUCGAUCGCAUUUUAUGUGAUGUGCCUUGCAGUGGUGACGGCACGCUACGAAAGAAUAUUGGGAUCUGGAAGCGGUGGCAGCCUAUGGAUGGGAAUGGCCUACACAGCCUUCAAACCCGCAUCCUGCAGCGGGCCAUGCGCAUGCUGGAGCCUGACGGUCGCAUUGUUUAUUCGACUUGCUCGCUUAAUCCCGUCGAAAACGAAGCAGUUAUAGCAGCUGCUUUGAACUCUAAUCAUGAUUUCCAGUUAGUCGAUGUUUCCGCGCAGUUGCCGGAGCUGGUCAGACGACCGGGCAUCAGUUCGUGGGCUCCCACCGUCAAUCGCACAAUAAAUACAACUUUCAAAACAUGGGAUGCCUACAACGAAACUCUGACGGAGGAACAGAGAGCAGACAGCAAGAUGUCAGAGACCCACUGGCCGCCUAUUAACGCGGAUUCCCUGCAGCUACAGCACUGCAUGCGAAUAUAUCCCCAUCUUCAGGAUACGGGUGGAUUCUUCGUUGCUGUACUCGAAAGAAAGUCGCGAAGUAGUCAUGCGAGUGCUGUAGAUGCAGAGGAAGCUGAUAUCACUGUCCCGGAAGCCAAAAAGGUUAAGCUUGACCUCGACAGUCUGCCAGAACCCCAAACUAGUGCUUCAUUUCCGCCUACACCAAUGUCUGAGGACGAUGGUUCACGCCUGUUGGUGUUGGACACUGUGGAGGCAGAUAUGCAGGCUGUCACCGACACGAAGAAAACUACAUUCAAGGGUAAACACAAGCUCUCUGAUCCCUCCUUCAAGGAAAUGCCCUAUACCUUCCUCGAACCCAAUGAUCUGACCUUGAUAUCCUGCAUAGAUCAGCUUAAUCUUAUAGCCAGCUUCCCGUCGUCGAACAUCCUUGUCCGCAAUCCGGAAGGUGAUGCGGUACGAUCUUUCUAUCUUACAAACGACCUUGUGAAAGCUGUCGUUCUGAACAACGACUAUACUCGCAUGCGCCUGAUGACGAGCGGGACGAAGGUCAUCACCAAACAAGAAGCAGGACGGGGACUUGAGGCGCAGUUCCGUGUUCUUGGGGAAGGUUUACCCGUCGUUCUUCCGUAUAUCGACCCGAGCGUGAUAUUGGACGCUGAGUUUGCGACUCUGAAGACUCUUUUGAUAACGUACUAUCCGCUCUGCGCAUCGUUUUCGGACCCAUUCCGAUCUGUCAUUGAAAACAGAAGUCCUGGGAGCCAUAUUGUCCGAUUCUCAGCUGGUCAAUCAAACGACUCAACGCUGUCACACGACCUCCUUCUACCUCUGUGGAAGUCCAAUGUAUCCGUAGCUCUCAUGAUCGACAAGAAGGCAAAAAGCGCGCUCAGUUUACGACUUUUUGGUGAAGAUAUAACAACUGCUGCGCGUGAUGGUGGAAAGAAGGUUUCUCAAACACCACAACUACCACAAAAUUCAGGCGAUAUAGUUCCGGAUGAAGGCGCCGAUAACGAGGAUGGAGAGGCAAUCCUCGAAGAUGAAGGUGACAAUGAAGCAGAGCAGUAACGAGUUUGUAGAUGCUGUCGCAUUCUCACUUGUAAUGGCUGUGUUGCGAUUUCAAUGUUCACUGUAAGUGGUGCCCUGCAUGGUUUGCACUUCAAAACGGAGCGUAACCAAAGCUAUUAUGUGGUCGUUCACGAUAGCUUCUCGAUGAGCACACUGAGGACACAAUCAGCACAUACU